CUGAAUUAUUGAUGAGUACAGAUCCUUGGUGUGUUUGACUAGGUCUGCUCUGAGUGUGUGUGAGAGAAUUUGAGAGUGAGAAAUGGAGCGUGGGUGAGUGCUCAGGUGCGCAUGUGUGUGCAUGGCCGUGAGCAUCCGUGUGCGCGUAUGCAUGUGAGCAGAGAUGGGAGAGAGAAGUACCGCGCAGCGACCUCCCUACGAUGGCCUGUGUAACUACGCCCAGAAAAUCACCUCCUGCUUCGGGCUUGACGCGGCCCAUCCACAGGAAGCCCAGCAGUGUGUGGACAAGUCCUCUCUGCGCUGCUGUAAAUGUGGCGAGGUGUGUAAAGGCGAGGUGCUGCGUGUGCAGAACAGCCACUUCCACAUCAAGUGCUUCAAGUGUAAAGUGUGCGGAUGUGACCUGGCACAGGGAGGGUUCUUCGUGAAGAAUGGCGACUACCUGUGCACGCUGGAUUACCAGCAGCUCCACGGCACACGCUGCAGCACCUGUGGACAGUUUGUGGAAGGAGAGGUGGUCACAGCCCUGGGGAAGACCUAUCACCCCUCCUGCUUCAUCUGCUCCUUCUGCAAACGGCCGUUUCCUGCUGGCGACCGAGUGACGUUUAACGGGAGAGACUGUCUGUGUCAGGACUGUGCGAAGCCCAUGUCCCCCGGAGCAACUAAGACCAUCAGCGGCCGCAGCACCUGUGCAGGUUGUGGUAGGAACAUUACGACUGACCAGGCUCUGCUGGCCUUGGACACACAGUGGCACCUGGGCUGUUUCAGAUGCAAAGCUUGUGGCAAAGUGUUGACUGGAGAGUACAUCAGCAAAGAUGGCGCCCCCUACUGUGAGAAGGAUUACCAGCUUCAUUUUGGAGUGCGGUGUGAGGCGUGCCAUCAGUUCAUCACUGGUAAAGUCCUGGAGGCAGGGGAUAAACACUACCACCCCAGCUGUGCUCGAUGUAGCAGAUGUGAUCAGAUGUUCACUGAAGGAGAAGAGAUGUACCUCCAGGGAUCUACCGUCUGGCAUCCGGGAUGCAAGAGGUCAACCAGAACAGAGGAGAGACAGAGGAAGACAGGCUCCUCAUCCGAAAGUACAUGUUCCCGACCUGGUUCAAGUGUUUCUGGCUCACCGGGUCACACCAUAUAUGCAAAAGUAGACAACGAGUUCCUUGAUUACAGAGAUCUAGCUGCCAUCCCCAAAGUCAAAGCCAUUUAUGACAUCGAGCGUCCAGAUCUGAUCAACUACGAGCCACUUUACACCACCUCUCUAGAUGAAACAGAAGAGAGAGAGAGUGUUGGAGAGCUUCAGACGUUGAGGCGGGAUCGUUCCUUUAUGCCAGAUGACAGAACACCAAGAACCAUGUCACCAAUUGCAUCUGCAGAUAGUUAUUAUGACAUGAGAGGACACAUCCUACAGCGAUCUACCAGCCACGGUUCCAUUGGAUCCCCCGUCUACAACCGCCAUAAUUAUACGCCAUCAAUCUCACGCUCACCACAGCACUUCCACAGACCAGGCCCUGAGCCGUCCAGUGGCCGGAGCUCCCCUGGAGCGAGCACGCCUCCCCUACCCUCAACUCCGAAACAUUUCCAUGUGCCAGAUCAAAAUGUCAACAUCUACCGGAAGCCGCCCGUCUACAAACUACAUGGCCCGGGCUUCGAUAUGAGGAGGAAGUCCUGCGAGGAGGAUGAGGAGGAGGAAGAGGUGCAGAAACGCAGGCAGCUUCAGGAGGAACAUCUCAGCAAGAUGCAGUCUGGACUCGGGAAGCUCAUCCUGAAAGAGGAGAAGGAGAAGCAGCUGAUCAGGGAGCGCCAUGCACGCAGCCUCUCCGCGCAGCGCUAUGUUUCCAACAGCGCAGAUCCAAAUUCGCCUUCCAAAUCAGGAUCCCUCCCAGGCUACGGCCGAGGUGGCAUGUACCGGCCUCAGUCCACUGACUUUACCCAGUACAACAGUUACGUGGACGUCUGUGGUGGCACCCGAGAGUUCCAGCCCUUACAGGACAGCCACCAGGCAGUCAGCAGAAUGGACAGGGGGGUUUCUAUGCCUAAUAUGGUGGAACUAAAAGUGUAUCCCUAUGAAGUGCUCAUGGUUACCAACCGUGGCCGGACUAAGCUCCCUAGAGAUGUGGACAGAACUCGUCUGGAGCGACACCUGGCUCCAGAGACUUUCUUUGACAUCUUUGGGAUGGCGAUUCAAGAGUUUGACAGGCUGCCACUGUGGAAGCGCAAUGACAUGAAAAGGAGUGCCAAGCUCUUCUAAAUAUCCUGAUCACGCGUAUGCAGGAAUCCGCGCGUAUUGCAGGGACGCCAUUCCUAUUCACCCAUGUAACACAGCCAUAAAGCUCACUUACUCAUAUACACCCGUUUGUGUGUGUGUGUGUGUGUGUGUGUGUGUGUGUGUGUGUGUGUGUGUGUGUGUGUGUGUGUGUGUGACCAGGCAGAAGGUACUGAACAGGUCUCCAGAAGGGCUCACUCCUCUGUCACCCCUCUGUCUAUGUGCGUCCCCCAUCCCAGUGCUUCCAUAUAAACAGCCUGGAAACCCAUUCAGAUUCCCAGCAAGGGAGCUGUUACAUAUGCUGUUACAUAUUCCAGGAGCCGAGUUUAGGCACUAUAGAGCAGGUGGACCACUCAUUAAGGUUCCAUAGCUUCCAGAAUUUUCCAUGUUCAUUUUUCACCCUCAUCUUUGUGGCUUCAAGAGAUUAUUUCAUUUACUAACAAAUAUGUUCUCGUCAUCAAAUCAAAGUUAACUUUCACCAUUCAAACAUCCUCCACAUCACAAAGUAAGAACACGGUGUAUGAACAAGUUGUAUAUGAUUAUUUUUUAGAACUGACUCCCACACUGCCAUUUAAUUUCUAGAUGACGGAACUUAUGGAGAAACUAAUAAAUAAGUAAUAAUCACACACACACACACACACACACACACACACACACACACACACUCACACACGCACGCCCA